AUGGCAUCUUCCAAGUCAAUAACUUCAAGCGAAACGAUCGCCUUCUUGUCGAAAUUCACUCCUUGUGAUGUUUCAGACUCGUUAAAUAAACGUGGAAUCAAAGAUGGUGGAUUUAUUCCCAACUUGAUCAAUCAAUCUCCAGUCAUAGGAAAGACUUCGGCAGUUGGGAAGGCGUACACUGUAUUAUAUGCACCUUUAUCUGAUCCAAGACCAGCUGUGACGCAAGCAUAUAUUGACCAAGUCCCAGAAGAUGCAAUUGUUGUUAUAGGGUUACCAUUAUCUUUACAAACCACAUGGGCUCCAUAUUGUAGAAUUAACAAUGCGCUUUAUGGUGGGUUGAUGUCAACUCGAGCACAGUAUAGAAAAGCCAAUGGAUCAGUUAUAUUAGGCAGAAUCAGGGAUCUAGAUGAGCACAAUGAUUUAGGAUAUCCUGUAUGGUCUUAUGGCGUUGGUACAAGUGCCCCGGGACCGUUUGUGAAGGUAGUUGGUAUUAAUGUUCCUCUUGAGGUGAAGACUAUUGGCAUAGAAGCUGAUGAACAAAUUUUGACAAUCAAUCCGGGUGAUUAUAUAAUUGCUGAUAAGAAUGGGGUCGUUAGAUUGCCGGAUGAUGAAAAGUUGGCAGAUAUUUUGGAUUACAUUCCUAAGCGAGUUGAUGCUGAUACCAGAGUAAGUGAAGAUAUAAAGAAAGGUAAGCCAGCAGCUGAAUCACAAAAGUUUUGGCGUAGUAAGAUUUAA